AUGGGAAAGAAGAAUAGUGAGGUUAUGAUAGAGGGAGAUAUGUUCAGCGAAACAAUGAGAGAAGCUCAAAGAGCUUAUAACUCCAAAGAAUGGGAAAAGUUCAAGAAAAUCUUCGCUGAUAAUGAUAAGAUGUAUUUGCUUCAGGAUUUUGACUUGUGUGGUAACACUGCCAUUACCAAGGCAGUUGACUCUAAUGAUCCAGAAAUCUUGAAGGAGUUGCUGGGAAAGCUAUCUGAAGAAGAAAGGUGGCGUGUCAUCAGGAAGAAGAACCAUGCAGGCAACACGCUUCUUCAUGAAAUCGCAGAGGCUUGCAAUGUGGCUGAGAUGGCGGACAUCGUACUCGACUUCGAGAAGACCAUUCCUUUGCCGCCGGAGCUGGCAGAGAAGGAGAAGGCGGAGAUGGCAGAGCUAUCAUCAGAGGAGAAGAAGGAGCAAGAGGAGGAGAAGAGAAGGCCAUUGUUGGAGUGGAAAAACUUAAAAGGUGAAACGCCGGUGUUCAAGGCUGCUAAGUUCGGUAACCUCAAGAUGCUAACCAAUUUUGUCAAGCAUGCGGAAAAUCUGCCUCAGGCUAACAUGAAAAUCCAUCAAGAAAGCGCUACAGAGACCAUUCUUCAUGCUAGUGUGAACGGGCAAUACUUUGAUGUAGCUCUUUGGAUAAUCAUGAACAUGGAUAAGAGUAGUCUGGCUGUGAAGAAGAAUAAAAAUGGUCUGACAAGUCUUCAGCUUCUGGCCAGAAUGCCUACUGUUUUUUAUAGUCAUUAUGAACCCCAGCGAUUCAUGACCAAAAUCGUCUAUAAAUUGCUUCCUGAUGAAGGAUACGACAUCGAAGGGUGUAACAGCUUUGAUCGGCUGCUUAGGACUCCGGCGAGAGAUUUGGAAACCGGCGAACAUCAAGAUGAUCCCAGGCCACCAACCACUCCAGGUUGUCUUUCAAAGAUCAAUUACGCUUUUUGGAAUUCUCUACCUGGAGUAUUUCAGUGGAUUAUUGAGCCGAUCCGGAAGGAAAAGAAGAAACAUCAGUUAGCAGAGAGGUUGGUCAAGUUUCUUGUGAAAUGCGACUACUCGUGGCAGUACUCUUAUGACGAAAGCAACGAUAAACCACCAACCAAACUUCCCCCAGUUCUUUACAAUGUGGCGAAAAGGAGACAAGAACUGAAAUGGAAGCGUAAGCAAAAAGUACUGAGGGAAGGAAAUGAAGAAGAUGAGCAGGAAACAGCGGAACGUCAACAACACCCACCAUUGCGUGUAGCAGCCGCCAAUGGGAUUACAGAAAUCAUUAAAUUCUACUUUGAAGAGCAUCCAAAGUCUAUAAAUCACGUCAGUGAAGAUGGCCAAAACAUACUGCAUGUAGUCGUGACGCACCGUCAAGAGAAAAUCUUGGACUUGCUAGAGGAUGAACAAGUAGUUCCUUUCCUGGCUUCUCGAGUUAAUGGAGAGAAUCGCACAGCAUUACACCAGGUUGCGGGGAUGGAUUAUUAUAGAGCACCAGCCCUACCUGGUGCAGCGUUGCAACUUCAAGAAGAGUUGAACUGGCAUAAACGAGUAGAAGAAAUUGUUCCAUCUCACCUUCACUUCCAUUGUGACAAAGAUCUACUAACAGCAGGAGACCUUCUGGACAUAGAGCACGAUCAGAUGCUCGCAGACGCCCAACGAUGGAUAAAGGAAACCGCCCAGUCUUGCUCCACGGUGGCAGUCCUUGUGGCCACGGUGGUCUUCGCGGCAGCCUAUGCCAUACCGGGCGGGACCGAGGGUGGCUCCGCGCUGCUCUCCAGGGCUCCGGUGUUCAUAUUCUUCACCGUCAUGGACAUCGUGGCGGUUGCCUUCUCCUUGGCUUCGGUGGUCACGUUUCUUUCCAUCCUCAACGCGCCAUUUGAGCUGUGGGAUUUCCACAAGUCCCUGCCAAAGAGACUGAGAAGAGGAUUUGCUUUUCUGUUCUUGGCGUUGAGCUGCACGAUGCUUGCUUUUAGUGCUACCAUUUUGAUCACAAUCAGGUUGCCUCCAAAGCAAUGGACUUCCACUCUGGUGUACAGUGCUGCGCUCUUUCCUGUCACCAUAUUUGCCUUGUUUGAGUUCCCACUUUACGAGCAGAUUUGGAGCACGUUGUCCAAGGGAUGGAAGAGGAUGAUUCCAAUUGGUCGAUCAAGCAGAAGGGUUUUGUAA